GUCUCGUGGCCAAAGCCGAUGAACUCCUCAGCAACCUGUCCUCGCUGGACAAUGGGAAUGGAUUGCUGAAUGACCUCAUGGAAACCGUGCAGUCCAUUAAGAUGACCCUCUUGGAAGCUAUGGUCUCACUUGAGGAGGCGCGCGAGCAGAAGUUGGCAUUACGAAAAGAAUUCGAGGAAAACGUGAGCCAGGAAAUGAAGAGGAUGAGGGAGGAGUUCGAGAGAGAGUUGAGUGAAGAAAGACUAGGGGAGAAACAGAGGAUGCUAAAGAUGCAGCAGCAGGAGCAAGAGUUCGAGGCGAUCAAGGAGAAGAGAAACAAGGAAAGGGACGAGAGGGAGAAAGUGUAUUUCAAGGAGAUGGAGGAGGCUCAGCGGAGGAUGAAGAGGAAG